GUUCCCAGGCUCCUGGACACGUCAGCCGGGACCCCGCAGUCGCUGCGGGGCGCGGGGCCUGAUGGCCGGUCUCAAUGUGUCCCUCUUCUUCUUCCUGGCCACCUUCGCCCUCUGCCAGGCGGCCAGGAAGGCGGCCAAGGCUGUGCUCCCGGCGGGCGCCUACACUAGCGUCGCGCGGGAAGUGGCGGGCGCCGUGCAGCUGGGCGCCUGCUGCCUGGAGCUGCGCGCCCUGGCCGAGCUGGGGCCCUGGGCCGGGGGCUUCGGGCCCGACCUGCUGCUGACCCUGGUCUUCCUGCUCUUCCUGGCGCACGGGGCCACGUUCGACGGGGCGGCGGCCAACCCGGCCGUGAGCCUGCAGGACUUUCUCCUGGCCGAGGCCUCGCUGGCGGGCACGCUGCUGAGGCUGGGCGCCCAGGCCGUGGGCCUGCAGCUGGGCUGCGCGCUCGUGCGGCUGUACUGGGCCUGGGAGCUGACUGACCUGCACAUGCUGCAGAACCUCAUGGCCGAGCACUGCAGCUCCGCGCUGCGCACCGACCCGGCCCACGGCACGCUGGUGGAGGCCGCCUGCGCCUUCCUCUUCCACCUCACGCUCCUGCGUCUCCGCCACAGCCUCCCUGCCUGCCGCGUGCUGGCCGUGGCCCUGCUGGUCACCGUGCUGGCCUACACAGCUGGACCCUUCACCUCUGCCUUCUUCAACCCUGCCCUGGCUACCUGGGUCACCUUCCAGUGUGCCGGACACAGCUGGCUGGAGUACGCCCAGGUGUACUGGCUGGGCCCUCUGACAGGGAUGGUGCUGGCCGUCCUGUUGUACUGUGGUCACCUCCCGCGCCUGUUCCAGAGGAACCUGCUCUACGCUCAGAAGAGCAAGUACCGCGCGCCCCGCGUGAAGCCAACCCCAGGACCAGCACCAGGCGCGGGCCGAAGGUUUCUAGAAGGGCAGCAGGGGCGGGGGUGA